UAAAAGUUUAUUUAGGGAGUAUAAAGUAAAAUAAUGAGAGACGACAAGUACAGAAAAAGAUGGAACUUCGCCAUCUUUCCCUAAACACAAGAACAAACAAGCCCUCAUCCCAACUGCGAACAUACCCAUAUUCACAUAGAUAGAAGCUCAUAUUUUGAUGGUUCCAAUCAAUAAUUAGUUCUAGGAGUAUCUUUUUUCUGAAAAUCCGAGAAUACCCUUUUCUUCUCUUCCUUGUAUUGGUCGGAAUUUCUGAGAAACUGGGUAGUAUAUACAGUGGGGAGUUUGUUUGAGCAAGUGAAAAAUUAAGAAACUUUGAAAUCUUUUAUUUUAGGUUUAUUUGUUUUUGGUACUUUUUCAGUUUCCUUUUUAAGCAUAAGUAUAAUUAUAUAGACUUACCAUAAAUCAUACGGAGUAAUAAUCAACGGUAUAAAAAUUAAAUCUUUUUAAAAUAUAUGAGCUGUGAGUAGUGAAGGACAGAAGAAUGAAUCUGGGUGGCGGUCAAUUGGGAAAAGAGAUGUCGGGUACUUGCUCAAACGCUUCCUGGAAGUCCGGCGAUGCCGUCUCCAAAGAUUUUCCGGCGGGUCUCCGGGUUCUUGUAGUGGACGACGACCCGACUUGCCUCAAGAUCUUAGAGAGGAUGCUUAUAACCUGUCUCUAUGAAGUGACUAAAUGCAACAGGGCAGAGACUGCACUGUCUUUGCUCAGGGAAAACAAGAAUGGCUUUGAUGUUGUUAUAAGUGAUGUCCACAUGCCUGAUAUGGACGGCUUUAAGCUACUUGAGCAUAUCGGUCUUGAGAUGGAUCUUCCCGUCAUUAUGAUGUCAGCAGACGACAGCAAGAGUGUGGUGAUGAAGGGAGUGACACACGGUGCAUGUGAUUAUCUGAUAAAACCAGUCCGCAUGGAGGCACUUAAGAACAUUUGGCAACAUGUGGUUCGGAAAAAGAAGCAUGGGUUGAAGGAGAAGGACAAUCCUGAACAAUCCGGAAGUGCUGAUGAAGGUGGGGACCGUCAGCAGCAAAAGCCUCAAGACGAUGGCGACUACUCGUCUUCAGCAAACGAAGGGAGUUGGAAGAACUCAAAGAGGAGGAAAGAGGAGGAUGACGAAGGUGAAGAAAGAGACGACACGUCUACAUUAAAGAAGCCUCGUGUGGUUUGGUCUGUGGAGCUUCAUCAGCAGUUUGUAGCAGCUGUUAAUCAGCUAGGAAUUGACAAGGCUGUUCCCAAAAAAAUUCUGGAAUUGAUGAAUGUUCCCGGGCUUACUAGAGAAAAUGUUGCAAGUCACCUUCAGAAGUACCGCCUUUAUCUCAGGAGGUUGAGUGGUCAGGGGGGGAUGGGCCACCCAUUCAUGGGACACCAAGAUUCCCCCUUUGGGCCCAUGUCUUCUCUCAACGGGCUUGAACUCCAAGCUCUAGCUGCCUCUGGCCAAAUAUCAGCACAGAGCCUUGCUUCAUACCAUGCUACAAAAUCAGCCUUGUCAUUGCCCCUUGUGGAUCAUCAUCAUCAAAGGAACAACCUUUUUAGCUUUGAAACCCCGAGGUCAAGAUAUGGAGAGGGCCCACAACACAUCAUGAACAGUAAUAACAGUAGUAAGCAAAUUCCUAACCUACUUCAUGGAAUUCCAACCACAAUGGAACCCAAACAGCUCCAAAACAUGCACCAAUCUUCUUCACCACUAACCUUCAAUGGUAUGAACAUUCACCAAAAUAACCCUGUACUCAUGCAACAUAUGACACAACCCCAGUCACGGCCCCACAUUGUAAGUGAUCCGAAUGGUAGUCUACCACCAAGGGGUAUUCUUGACAAUUCAUGCAGUGCAUUAAACAAUUCUGUUUCCCAUGUUUCACAUGCCCCCUCACCUGCAGUAGCCUUCUCCGUUAACCAGGGCACAGAGUUAAGAAAUCAUAACGGUGGUUAUAUUUCUAGCAGUGCCAAUACAGGGGCUAAAUCGUCAAGGGUAUUUUCCUCCACUAGUUAUGAUAUGUUCAAUGAUCUCCAGCAUCAACAACCCAAAGGAUCACAAGAUUGGGGAUAUGAUGCACCCCAACCUCGUCAUUCCAAUGUACAAGGAAUCUUGUUAGAUGCUUCCAGGAAUGCACCACCAAUUAACAACCCGAUGGUUGGCCCAGCACAGUUCAACACAUUGCUCGGUGGCAAUUCAGUGGCAAUCAAGACAGAGAGGGCCCAUGAUGCAAGCUUUCAGAAUACGCUGUUCGCAGACCCGUAUGGUCAAGAUGAGCUUAUGAGUGCACUUCUCAAACAGCAAGAUCCUGUUGGACCGGUUGAGAGUGAGUUUGGCUUUGACGGGUACCAGUUGGAUAAUCUUCCAGUGUAGAGGGGUAUGUUUUCACUAGUGCUCGCGUUGUGUGGAUAUAUAUAUACAGGUGUGUACAUAGUUGCACUUACAGCAAGAAAACAACUCGUUCCAUGCUGGAUAAGUGAAGGGGCCCACUUCGUUCCGUGCAUCGUCUACAUGGUGGUUUUUAUUCUUAAAAUACGACUGUUCCGCUAUUGGAGGAGGACAAGUGUGUACUGAAGUGCUUAAACAAUUUUGACUGGUCUAGGUAGGUGCGGUCAUAGGGCGGGGAGAUCUCUAUUCAUCAAUUGAAAGAAGUUCUCGGGCAAGUAUUUCAGGCAGUUAUAAAGUUUUCCUAGGUUUCUUCCUUCUUGAACAUGAAUGACUUCACUUUCCUUAACUCUAUUAUUAACUCAAGUUUAUGAAUUCUUAUUGUUUUCAUUAUUUGGCCGGGAUGGUGUACAUAUUUUAAAAGCCUCCCAAGAUUGUCUUUUUUUCUUCUUGUGAUGGAUUAAUUUUAUAUUUGACAACUCUUUUAGGCGUGAUUACAAAUUAAAAAUUUCUUUGAUGAACGCCCAUGCGCUUCUUGCGAAUGAAAGAUUGUGAUGUUGC